AUGUGCCUCCUGAAGCUGCCGGUAGUUCUCAUUGUAAUCUCAGUUGCAUUAAACCAUCUGAAAGCUACUCCUAUUAAAAGUCACCAGAUGGAAAAGCGGAAAUGCAACACUGCCACACGUGCAACUCAACGCCUGGCAAAUUUCUUAGUUCGUUCCAGCAACAAUCUUGGUGCCAUUCUCUCACAUACCAAUGUGGGAUCCAAUACAUAUGGCAAGAGGAACACAGCUGAGAUUUUAAACAGGGGACCACUGAAUUACUUUCCCCUUUAG